AUGGCAGCCACUGGUUUCGCUUCGCUCUCUUUUUACUUUUGCAUUUUGCUCUUGUGCCAUAGCUCCAUGGCACAACUGUUUGGCAUGAGCUUUAACCCAUGGCAAAGCUCUCGCCAAGGGGGUUUCAGAGAGUGUACAUUCAAUAGGCUUCAAGCAUCUACACCACUUCGUCAAGUGAGGUCACAAGCAGGCCUGACUGAGUAUUUUGAUGAGGAAAAUGAGCAAUUUCAUUGUGCUGGUGUAUUUGUCAUCCGCCGUGUAAUCGAACCUCGUGGUUAUUUGUUACCAAGAUACCACAACACUCACGGAUUAGUCUACAUCAUCCAAGGAAGUGGUUUCGCCGGAUUGUCUUUUCCUGGAUGCCCAGAGACAUUCCAAAAGCAGUUUCAAAAAUAUGGGCAAGCACAAUCCGUACAGGGUCAAAGCCAAAGCCAAAAGUUCAAAGAUGAGCACCAAAAAGUUCACCGUUUCAGACAAGGAGAUGUCAUUGCACUACCGGCAGGCAUUGUACAUUGGUUCUACAAUGACGGUGAUGCGCCAAUUGUGGCUAUCUAUGUUUUCGACGUAAACAACUAUGCUAAUCAACUUGAGCCUAGGCAUAAGGAAUUUUUGUUCGCUGGCAACUAUAGGAGUUCGCAACUUCACUCUAGUCAAAACAUAUUCAGUGGUUUCGAUGUUCGAUUGCUUGCUGAGGCCUUGGGUACAAGUGGAAAAAUAGCGCAAAGGCUUCAAAGUCAAAAUGAUGACAUAAUUCAUGUGAAUCAUACCCUUAAAUUUCUGAAGCCUGUUUUUACACAACAACGAGAGCCAGAAUCCUACCCACACACUCAAUAUGAGGAAGGGCAAUCUCAGGCAAAACACUCUCAGGAAGAGCAACCUCAAAUGGGGCAGUCUCAGGGAGAGCAACCUCAAACGGGGCAGUCUCAGGGAAAGCACAUUCAGGGAGAGCAACCUCAAAUGGGGCAGUCUCAGGCAAAACACUAUCAAGGAGACCAACCUGAAGAAGGGCAGGAAGGGCAAUCUCAAGAAGAACAAUCUCAGGCAGGGCCAUAUCCGGGAUGUCAACCUCGUGCAGGGCAAUCUCAUGCAUCACAAUCAACUUAUGGUGGUUGGAAUGGUUUGGAGGAGAACUUUUGUGAUCAUAAGCUAAGUGUGAACAUCGACGAUCCCAGUCGUGCUGACAUAUACAACCCGCGUGCCGGUACAAUAACCCGUCUCAACACCCAAACGUUCCCCAUCCUUAACAUCGUGCAAAUGAGUGCUACAAGAGUACAUCUCUAUCAGAAUGCCAUUAUUUCACCAUUAUGGAACAUUAAUGCUCAUAGUGUGAUGUACAUGAUCCAAGGACAUAUCUGGGUUCAGGUUGUCAAUGACCAUGGUCGAAAUGUGUACAAUGGCCUUCUUAGCCCGGGGCAACUAUUAAUCAUACCACAGAACUAUGUUGUUAUGAAGAAGGCACAACGUGAUGGAAGCAAGUACAUUGAAUUCAAGACUAAUGCAAACUCCAUGGUUAGUCACAUCGCGGGAAAGAGCUCAAUCCUCGGCGCCUUGCCCGUUGAUGUCAUCGCCAAUGCAUACGGCAUCUCUAGGACAGAAGCUCGAAGCCUCAAAUUUAGCAGGGAAGAGGAGCUGGGAGUAUUCGCUCCUAAAUUCAGUCAAAGUAUCUUCCAUAGUUCUCCUACCAGCGAAGAAGAGUCAUCUUAA